GUCAAGUGUAUGUCUUAUUUGGUUACAUGAGUUUAUAAAUGGGUGCAGUGUCAUGUAUCUGUCUCUUUUGAUAAAAUAUAUCGUACUUUCUUUCUCGCUUCCUAAAAUUCAAAUGAUGAAAGAAGAAGAAGAAAAAUAACAGAGUGUAUCGCCAUUACAGAUCAUACGAAAAAAAAAUUACAGGAGUGUGAAUCAUUUGAAAUGAACAAUUUUCUUAGCUCGUCAUUUUAACUUCACAACAUUCAAUUUAUAGCUAUUAUUUAUUUGCAAAAAAGUAUUUAAAUAAAAAAAAAACUAGUGCAGAUAAAAAUUAAUACAAUAAAGAAGAGGAAGAAGGAGAAAGGAAUUGUAUUUGUGCUAUUUUUGUGAUAACUACAACGUAGAAAUUAUUUUCAUUGAAUAUUGUUCGCCAACACAAUGUCGAAACCCUCUGGAUCAAAUGAAACGAAUAUUCCUACAUUGCCACCGCCACCCAAUAGCAGCACGAUUGGCGGCCAAAAUCCAUCGCAAAAACGAUUGCAACAGACACAGGCUCAGGUCGACGAGGUGGUUGGCAUAAUGCGUGUUAAUGUGGAAAAAGUAUUGGAACGUGACCAAAAAUUAACGGAACUGGAUCAACGAGCUGACGCCUUACAACACGGUGCAUCGCAAUUCGAACAGCAAGCUGGCAAAUUGAAACGAAAACAAUGGUGGGCGAACAUGAAAAUGAUGAUUAUCAUGGGUUGCAUUGGUGUUGUUCUCAUCAUCAUUAUAGUUGUAUCGUUAUGGCCGUCGUCAUCCGAAGCUAUUCAAAAAGAUAGUAAUUAAUAUUAUCCACAGCAAAAAAACAACAGAAAUGGAACAACAAUAAGACAAAUAUUUCAAAUUUAUCGAAUUCCAUUAUUAUUGAAUGUUUUGUGUUUUUUUUUUUCUUUUUAAUUCUCUGUUCUAUCUGUCAACUACUGUUUCUUGGAUUUUGUAGCAAAUGUUUUCCAUUCAAAAAACAACACUUUUCAGUCUUAUUCAACAAAUGCAAAACUCGCAAAAAAUAAACAAAUAAGUAUUACAGAACUAA